ACAUUUCCGACAGUAUUUGAAGGCAGCACAGUGUAGCGCUGCCCUUCCAGGAAGUGGAGAACUUGCAGACGAAACGGUGUGAAGAGUCCAACAAAAGAGGAAAUCCCUUCAUUCUGGGCAACAGCUACAGCAUCCAUUAAGCAGAAUGGACAGCCAGGAGGUGGGGGGUUUACUGGAGGAGUGCCUCAGAGCGGCUCGGCAGUCCACACAGGCCUCUGAGGCACAGAGGCUCGACUACUGCAGGUGCAGAGACUCGCUGUGUGCAGAACUAGCCUCUCUCCUGCAGGAGGCGAUGGAAAUGAAGUGGCCUUUUGUGCCUGAGAAGUGGCAGUACAAGCAGUCAGUCAGCGCCAAUGACAAGACCAACCUCAAUGACCUCAUCAGCAAGCACCUGUCAGAGCUGCUGGCUGUUCUAAAGGCUUCCAUCGUGGCUCGGGAGGCACGUGCAGCACUGGCGGUGGUCUUCUUAGUCGACCGAUUCCUCUACUGGACGGACGAGUCCAGCCGCCUGCUGAAGAUCACCAAGCUGCUCCACAGACGCCACCCUGACACCCCCGUGGCCCCCCAGCUGGUCAUACGGCAGGCUAGAGUCUACUUUAACUCUGGCAAACUGCAGAAGGCGGAAUACAUCCUGAGUAGCCUGAUUAACAACAGCGGGGCCACAGGUUGUUGGGUGUACCACUCUGAAAGUGACAGGGCUCUUGUGCAGGCUGUUAGUGUUCAAGUACGUGGAAUGAUUUUGCAAAAACUAGGCCUGUGGCUCGAGGCCGCAGAGCUAAUCUGGGCCUCUUUGGUCGGCUUCUAUGCACUUCCUCAACCUGAUAAAAAGGGCAUUGGAACCUCCCUUGGCAUACUGGCCAACAUAUUGGUGUCUAUGAACGAUGAGGACUUCCACGCUUUUAGGACCAAUCCAGAUGCUGAUUUGUCUCUCCUUGGGGACGGGGGUCAUCGUCUUCUUUCAGCAGCACAGGCAGCUAAGAUGGCAGUGGUAUACAGCCAAUACGCUUCGCUGUAUGUGCUGACCAAUGUGGCAACUCAAGGGACCUGCUUGUUAUCGUACAGUUUCUCAAUGGAGUGUCCUCCCUCUCAAAGGCAAUCCCUCUUACUGCAAGCCAGAGAGGCAUUUGCAAUCGGCCUGCUCACCAAAGCAGAGGGUGAGCUGGUCACCAGCAAGCAAGAGCUUCACACCUUCCUCAAGGCUGCCUAUUCUCUCACUGUCGCUCACAAAUGGCUCGGCACUCCUCGGGAGGUCGUGGCGCAGGCAACUCAAGCUUGCCAGAAAGCUUUAGCGAAUUUCUAUGACUACUGCAAUGCAGAUACCCAAGACAAAGACACCAUCUGUGCUGAAAUCAUGCAUCAAGUUGCCCAAGUCAAGCUUCUGUUAAGAGUGGAGCCUUUCCUUAAUUCAGACAAGGGGUCUUUUAUCCCCGACAGCUACAGAAAUAUCAAAGACGCAUUGGUACAGUUCACUCUGGAAGGUUUUGCCAAAGUGAUGCAGAGGUUCCAAAAGUAUCAUGCAUCAUUGUGCGAGGCAACCAACACAAACUGCAAAGGGACAAAUGAUGAGAUACAUGGGGUGAGGUUAUGUAUAACUGCAUUGGGGACAACCAUUGGUACCCUCAAUACUGAAUGCAGCACUGAGGCCUGCAAAGUCCCUCCCAAAAGAGAAGAGCCACAACAGAGAGGUACAAAUUCAUGUGGUAAGGUGCCCCCACCUCAAAAGCCUGACCUGUGUACCACCUUAGAAAGCACAGAUGACCUUGGCUCUUCAUGGCAGAACGUCUCUUUGAGUGUUUCAGGGUCUCCAAGGCCCAACAGCAGCGGCUUCAUAGGAAGUGUUGCCAGCGAACGUGAAGCAAACGCACAUAAUCAGAGUUGUCUGACCACUGAGGUUGACGACAGCAAGUUGGAAUCUGCUGAUAAAAACAGGAAGCGAGACUCACAGGGCUAUAACUCAGGUGUCAGUUCCCACACAGUCCUGAGAUCUGCAUUACCUGCCACUUCCUUCUCCCAUGUGAGCAGUGAUUCAGAGAAGUUUGAAGUGAUACAAGCUGGAAUAGAGACGCUUGGUACUGACGAGGAUUGGAUGGCCGACGUUGUUGAUGUGGCGCCGACGCCAUCUGUAGCUGAAGGAGUGGCACAAUCCUUGUCCCAGCUAGCUCUCAAAACAUCCAGCUCUCUCGGGGACAGUUUCGGUUCCCAGUCGUCAUGGGAGAAAAUCCCAGCUGAUCUGAGGUCCCCCACAAUCAGAAAACCUCAGUCAAGCAGCCCAUCAAAAGCAGGAACCAGCCAAAGCAGCAAGUCGUCAGAGUCUGAUGGGAGCUUCUUCCUUUUGGAAACACUUGAUUCCGAGAGCAGUGAUUCAGCACAUGAUCCCACGCACAUAAACCACACAUCUGUAUGGGAAUCCAGACCUGUGAAGAACCUUAAUGUUGACCCAAACAUGGAGACUGAAGUGGAUUCAGUUUCUGCAGAACCUGCUACUAGGAACUCCUCAGCAACCUCACACCCAAACCUUUCCCAGUUUGUUCCAGAGCAGUGUGCUUCCACCGAAACCUCCACAGAAAGUUCAUUUGAGAUGCUGGAAGAGCAUCAAAGUGGACACAGUGAAGUUACUCCUACAGAGAAAGCCAGUGUACCUCAGAUGAAGAACCCCUCAUGCUACAGUUGCCAAAAGCAUAGCACUGUAGCUGGCGACGUCCCUGAGAGUCAGUAUUUCUUGUCACAGCAGGAUUACCAAGCCCUACUGGCUGGAGUUUGCCAUGAAUGUCUCCUGAAGAGGCUGCAGAGUGACAAGAUACAAUUCAAACUCAAGGCACACAGAACUGCCUACAGUGCUCUUCAUUUAAAGUUCUCCAAAGCCACGGGACUGUGGACCACCAGGGAGACCUGUGUUUACAUUGGGGAGUCGAUGAGGAUGCAGGGCAAGCAGAGAAUGGCAAUAUGGGUGCAGUUUUUACACCAGGAGGAGAGGUUAAGCAGUUAUGUUGGCAAAGAUUACUUAAAGCCAAAGGAGAUCCAGUUCCACCUGAAAGAUGUGGAGCGACAGAUGACAGCCCAGUACUAUGUGACUGAAUUCAACAAGAGUCUUUACGACAAGGAGGUCAUGGCGCAGAUCUUCUUCAUUCCCUCGGAAGCACUACUGAUUCUGAAUGAAAAUGAGAUUGUGGGCUGUGUAACAGUGGAGCCCUACAUGCUCGGCGACUUCGUCAAACUGACCAACAACACCGGAAAGAAGGACAAGAGUUUCCAGGCUACAGAAUAUGGCCUUGCAUUUGGGCACUUCACCUACCUGCUCUCCAACAGCCAGGAGGUUGUUGUAGAUCUGCAAGGAUGGGUGACAGCCAAUGGCAAAGGGCUGACCUACCUCACCGAUCCUCAGAUUCACUCCACUAAGACACCCAAGGGUCCCUCCAACUUUGCUGCCAGAGGCCUGAAGUACUUUCUGGAAGAGCAACAUGGACCAGAGUGCAAUGGCAUUUGCCAACUGCUCAAACUACCUCCAGUGGUCAAACAGUCACAAGUUCUACAUCAGAAAAUUUGAGUUGUUUGGAGGUUUGUGAUUGAGUGUUUGUAUUCCCAAAUAAGUGAAAAAUGUAUGUUUUUAGCUUAUAAAUACAAAAAUAUGCAUUUGAUAUAGGUUUCUGAAAUUAUCCAUUGCAACAAUGAACUGUAUUUUACAUGUAGAUAAAUUGUGCGUUUUCAGCUCACUGUAAAACAAAUCUGUUUUAAAAGUUUAAAAGUUAGUGUCUGAGCUGUGGUAUCCCGUUAAAACCUGAGUAAAUGUCCUUAAUUUUGUUUCAAAACAAAAACAUGAAAAGGACAAU